AUUAAUUAUACUAUUGUAUGACUAAAAGUCAUACAAUAUGACUUUUGGUAAUUGUUGUAUACCAGUUGGAUAAAUUAUUAACCUCCAUCAGUCUUGAAGAAGAUUUAAUAAACUGACAGUGCCUGGAUACAUAUUUUUUAUUAACCUAUAACUUAAAAUGAUGAGAUACCUAAAAACAUAUAGGAAGAUUUGGAUUAAUUGCAAUAAUGUUAAGUUUUACGAAUUAUUUACUUGUCAUUAUUAUCAUUCUAGCACGUACAUCAUUUAUUAAACUUAAAAAGUUUCUUUGUUGUCGGGAUAUAAUGUUAGAACUACGCCUGAAAAUGCUUCGAUGGUCUCUACUCUUCUUUAUGGUUUGGAAGCUUGGACACUAAAACAAGUUCAUCUGAAUAAGUUGGCCGCCUUUGAAUUUUGGUGUUCCAGAAGAAUCCUACGAAUAUCAUGGAUUCAAAGAACGUCAAACAUGGAAGUAACUAGAAGGAUAGGAAAUGAGGCGGAAAUAAUAUUAACAAUUAAAAGACGAAAACUUGAGUACUUGGGACAUGUGAUGAAAGGGAAAAAAUACGCAUUAUUACAACUUAUUAUUCAGGGCAAAAUCCGAGGAAAGCGAAAUGUGGGAAGACGAAAACUAUCCUGGAUUAAGAACUUAAGGGAAUGGUUUGAAUGCUGUAGUGCAGAACUUUUUAAAGCGGCAGUAAACAGAGUCCGCAUAGCCAUGAUGAUUUCGAACCUUCGAUAG